AUGGAGGUUUGUGAGUCUGUGUGUACGAGGGCCUCUGGAGAUGUGGAGAGCGGGAAUUCAAGGGGCCCUCCCGCCUCUCCAGGAGGAGGGCCCCCGUCUACAGCCGCAGGUGCUGCAGGAGCUCAAUCUCGAGUGUACCCAGCGUACUUCUCUCGUCUGUGGGUGCACAUGGUGAGCGGUGCUGCGAUCUUGAUUUGGGGCCUCGUCAUGCUGAUUCGCCUACCGGUUGAGAGGGGGGCCUUCUGCGGCGAGGAUGACAUAGCGCUUCCCUACAUGCCCGCGUCAAUUUCUGCUGCCGGUGCCUUUUGGAUUAGCACGAUGCUGCCCGCUUUCAUCAUUGUGGUAGUGGAGGUGCUUUUGUGGGCUGUGCGUGCGACUCAAGAAAAGGAUAAGAGCGAAAGGGAACAGCAGGCGGUGGUGGUGGUGCUCGACCGAAGAAUUCCCGAGACUUGUGUGCACCUGUACACCUACUGCGGUUCUCUGGCCAUGUCGGUGGCAUCUGUAUUCCUCCUGACGAACUCGCUAAAGGCGGCGGUCGGGUCGUUGAGGCCUCACUUCCUUGACGUGUGCAGGCCAGACUGGAGUCGUGUAUCAUGCAGAGACAGCAGCGGCCUGUACGAUGUUUAUAUUCCAGACUUCUUCUGCACAGGAGACCCUCAUCGGGUGGAAGAGGCGCGACGCUCAUUCCCCUCAGGCCACAGCAGCUGCACUGCUUGCGGGAUGGUGUUUGCGAUUCUCUACCUGCAGUGCCGCCUGCUGUGGCAGCAGCAAACCACUGCGCCGAAGAAACAGAUGCGCCCAAGACAAAGCCGAUGCGCUGCAGCUGUGGAACAACUCUACUGGAUCACCCAGGCGGCCGUUCCAUUCAUCCAGUUCGGCUUGCUGCUCCUUGCGGUGUACGUACCCGCCACACGAGUGGUCGAACACUUCCACCGCGUCAGAGACGUGCUAGCGGGAGUGGCUCUGGGCACCGUCGGCGCCCUCUUCGGCUUCUUCUUUGUCGCAAAUCAGGCGCGCACAGACUACCGCGUGCAAUCGUGA